AGCUCUACUCUACGAGGUAAUCUCACAAACAUAUUAUACUUUUCAUCGUCGAACGUGUCGGUCGUGUGUAAGUAGACGGGUGUUUUCGUCGUGCUCUCGAUCAGUAGUUUGGAUAGAAGGCAAAAAAAACUUGAACAACAACUUUACUUCAAGACAAGAUUUCUCUAUCUACGUUCGCUUUGUAUAGUGCAAAGUCUGGCCUGUGCAAUGAAAAGUAGAGAUUUUUCUUUGUAGGCAAAGAAUUUUUCUCUUAAAUUUUCUACGAAAAAAUCGUACUGGGUCUGGUCUAUCAACAAGUCACAAUUUUGGUGUAAAAGUGCUCUGAAGUGGAGUUCGAAUUAUCGACUAAGCAAGCAGUGAGACAGGCAGCAGGCCGAAUGGGAGUGAACAAAUAUUUUAUUAGUUCGCUGCAUUGUUGGUUGCAUACAGAAAGAAAAAGGGUGCUGUCGAGAAAAUGCUAGUGAAGUGAAAAUCAAGUGUGUAAUAGUCGAUUACAAAUGCCAAAAUUCUUGAUAAAUAGCCAGUGCGGUAUGUGUUUUGAGGGAAAGGUAUAAUUGCGAUAAUCAAAUUCGGUCUAUCCAAACCGAAACCAGAGUGUGUAAAGAAUAAAACGUAGAGCGAUUUGGGAGCUUUUUGAAGGUCGCUACUGUGGCCAAACUGGUGGUGUAAGUGGAGUGUUGGUUUCACGAAUACCGGAUAUAGCAGCCGAUUGCCGCGUAUCCGGUGCAAAACAAUGGCCCGGCUAACGGAGGAGAUGGUGAUUGCCAGAUCCAAACAGUCCGAUCUGGCAGCAAUUAAAAAGCUGAAUUGCUGGGGAAGCGAACUAAGCGAUGUUUCCAUCAUUCGACGCAUGCGGGGCGUGGAGGUAUUAGCAUUCAGUGUCAAUCGAAUCAGUACGUUAGCAGACUUCGAGAAUUGCUUAAAUCUACAGGAGCUGUACCUCAGGAAGAAUAAUAUUACAGACAUCGAUGAGCUGGUAUAUCUUCAGAAUCUACCAAAAUUAAAAUAUCUAUGGCUAGAAGAAAAUCCUGUAGUUGAAAGCGCUGGUCCAGGAUACCGACAAAUUGUACUCCGAGCUUUGCCAAAUCUUAAAAAAUUAGACAACGUAGAUGUAACUCCGGAAGAGGUAUCAGAGGCUAUGCGGGCGCCGGUCGCUCAGCAUCAACCAAAACACGAGGUAUAUGAAGAUCCCCCUUCUACGACGUAUAGCCAUCAGCAGCAACAACAACAAUAUCGGAAUCAGAGCCCAGUUAUCGAACAAUCACAAUCCACCACUCCAUCAUCAUCUGCGCCCAUGUUACCCCCACAACAGAUGAGCCCGGAAAACACGGAGUCGGAGUGCAUCAGCGACCCGGCUGAUCGUGGAUCUCUACCAUCGUCGCCGCUUCAGCGAAGUCCCCCCAACCGGGAUAGUUAUUCCCCUGCGCCACAGACCCAGCACACAUCACACUACUCCAGCAAUCACCGCGGUUCCUAUCACCAGUACGAUAGAUCACCAGGUUCAGACCAUGACAGUCCGGUGUCUGGCUAUAGGGAACGUGUGCCGAUAGCCCCUAGCAUGUCAACACAUUCUAUGAAGGAAUACUACCAAUCGGACUACCAACGACAGCAUCCACCCGCGCAUUAUCGGCACAGCCAGUUGGAUCUAACGGAAUGGGACGAAAGUAGUCAAAAUGCACAUCAAAUCAAUAACAACAACGGCCACUCCUCAAAUCACCUCAGUAACCAGCAGCAGCAGCCGCAGCAGCAACAACAACAGCAACCAUAUACCCAAUCGUAUCGAAGAAGUAUUGGGGCCAACAGUGAAAGAGAUCUGUAUCAGUACCGUAAUGGAAAUAGCAAAGGACCAGACCAGCGAGACGAAUGGGAAGAUGUGGACCGCCGAAGGAAUGAAAAUAGGCGAUCAGAUUCAAGGUUCAACGACAAUGCAAGUGUGAUAUCGAAUGCAGUUCUUAACCAUUUUGCUGGUGUUCAUCGAAGGCCUGUCAAUAGGAACUCCAAUCUGUUAUCUGCCACCUUGUGCUUGGUUAAAGAACUGGAUUAUCCGAGUUUGGAGGUUGUCGAGCAUGCCGUUCGAUGUCGCAUUGAUGAGUUGGCCGAAUAGUUCUAUUAUAAUUAGUUGAUAUGGUUUUACCUUGCUAGCCUUCUAAUCGUUCCCGCCUUUCAUCUUAUGUCAGCUCAAAAACAAUAUAAAAACGUCUCCUUACUGCAUUCUAACACUUGUCCAUUUGUUCUACAAGCUUAUUUAAAUUGCAUUACUUCAGAUCCUGAUGUUAUAUGACUACUUCAUAUGAUAAAGUUAUGGAAGGGCGAUCAAAUUGAAAUAAAACCUGGCCUUGUGAAGCAAUUAACAGUUUUCAGACAGUGAAAGAGUAACUUAAAUGAUUUGUGAUUUAUAUUAAUUGAGAAAAGACUUAACCACAUGCCAGCAUAAAUGAGUAUGAACAAGGGUAAAAUAAUAGUUGAACGAUGACAAAACAAGAUAAUUCUAUUCAUUAGAGAAAACAGCAAUGGAUAGAAACACAAUAAUCUGCCAACUUUGUAAUAGAACUUAGAAAUAGUGCUAGCUGUCCCAACAUACUAACCAUUGAUGUUAUUUCUAUUACAUGGUUAAAACGCAAACUCACAGUUGAUUAUGUAUGAUUAAUUUUAAUACAGCGUUUCUCACGUUGCGUAUAAUAGAGUAUUCAGACAACGAGCUAAGUAGCUUGAUAUGCGUAGAAUAUCUUGAUGCGAAACGCCAUAGACAUUGUUUCUAGUAAACACUAUUAUACUGCCGUGAAUCGCAUAUCUGUCCCAUCUUUGCUGGGUUUCCUAUUCAUAUGGGACAAAUAUGCGAUUCACGGCAGCCUAGAUGUGUGAUCUUUGACAUCACGUUACUCUGCAUCAAGUGAUUUAGGUCGAAGUCUGGAUAUACUAUAACUAUGGAGCGGCCAUUCGGAUUACUUUUGAAUGUCUACUAGUUUCUAUAAGCAGUGAAAUAAAAUUAGCGAUUUAUUUAGCAAAAUAUUUUUUGCAAGAAAGCAGUCCAAUAAUCAGUACAAAUACAAAGAUGAGAAAAUCAUAAAACAAUAGAAAGGAAUAUGUUAGUCACACAUGUGUCCGACGAAUAAACUGACCGGAAGGGGUCAUCCAAAUAGUAAGAAUGUUUUAACAUGCGUCGUUAAGGUCUUAGCGGAAAUAGUUACGGGAUGUCGAAGGCUUGUGUUCAAAUUUGUUUCGGUAAGCCUUUGAAACGCUUUAAACGACAUAUGUUCCUCGAAUGAAAUCAGUCCUUUGCAGUUCGUCCAUUUUUUUUCCCAAAUGAUAAUUAUAUUAAUAAUCCUUAAUUGCGGAAUUUCCCUAGCAAUAAGGAUGUUUUAAACGUUAACUAAUGAUGUAGAUCCGCAUUGCAGAUGCGAAAGCUAUGUAAAAAAAUGAAAUUUAAUAAAUAACUACUAACAAA